AUGACGGAGCCGCCGGAAGCUAUCGGCCAGGUGGAAGCCCAGAUGAACAAGGACAUUGGAGAUUUGGCCGCGUCGCCCAUCAAGGACGAGCAAGGUGACUCGAAGGACACCGCACCGUCCAACGGGGGCCACAUCGAGGGCCAUGCCCACGGCAAGGUGGUCAAGCCGGAGGAUCUCACGACCGGGGAAAUGAAGCAAGGCGAGGUCGAUGGAAAAGCAGCGGAGAAGCAGCCUUCGGCACCGGGAGGGGGAGCCGACCAGGUGAAACGCCAGCUGAUUGAGAUCGUCGACGCUGAGCAGACGGUCAACGAGAGCUCGAGUGAAGAGGAUGACCUCGACGAUGAGGAAGACGAGUCGUCCGACUACACCGACGAGACUGAUACGGAGGGCAGUGAGGACGUGGAAGACAGCGAGGAGGAGGACUGA